CAUUAUUCGCAACUUAAACAACAAAGCGUCACCAUAAUAACUUAGUCUCACAAUUUUGUUUUUUUCCCCUUCUUUUCAGUCUUAUAAGAUGUCUUCCUCUCCAGAAAAGUCACUGCGCGAAGAUACAACACCUUUCUUGCUACAUCUCUUCUAUCGCACAGGAUCUCUUCACAGGCCAGAUGAAUUUGAGUCGCAUAGUAUGCCACCACAUAUACCUGUGUACACAUGGUCAGACUGUACUCUGAAUGAGUUGGCUCUGGAACUUGCAGGCGCCAAAAAGUCAGCAUUGCCUUCACCUUCUGUGGGAUGUCGUCUCGUAUUCCAGUCGGUAUUUCCAGACCUUCGAAACACCGCCGCAGUCACAAAUGCUCUCCCCAAAUACGGGGUUAAGGACCUCGGCAGCGUUGUGUUGGGUGGUGGUUCCGGAGCAGACACAUAUGGUGACAUUUCCAUGGAUGGCACAACAAGAGGCAGUGACGACAAAACCAAGACACUGAGCGAUUGUCGAUUUGUAGUUGGCGACUAUAUCACUUGCGCAAUAUUGCCACCACUCUCGGAUGGCUCAGUGGCGCCCGCUUCAAGCGUGCGAAGGGAGCAGGCUUCAGGUCCACAUGAAGUCCGAGGGACUCACCGAGGAGGUCGAGAUAACGGUUCUGGGCGUAGGAACUCGAGAGGAGGACGAGCUGGCUGGAGGGAUGAUGUCGGGGGAGAUUUUCCUAUGGGCGAUUGGAGAAGAGGCGAAAGAUUACCGGAAACCUCUAGUGGGCGAUCGAGAGGCAGAGGGAGGUGGUAACAGACACGCAGUGGUUAAUUUGAUAGCGUCACGUUCGAUUAUACCCAUUUUCCAUUCAAAGUAUCAGACAUAUCACAAUCUCAGCGACCAUUCGUUCAUUGUUGACCUCAGUUCAAUUGAAUCCCUA